ACUUUUUAAAAUAUAAAAUUAUUUUCUUAAAUAUUGUCUUUCUGAUUAUGGAAUAUCUUAGUCUUCAUUUAUCCAAAUGUUAACUCAGAGAUGUGUAUAAAAUAACUCAGUAACUUGAAAAGCUAUUGCUUGUAUCCACAGCUGGAAAAAUAUCUCAAUGAAGCAUAUAAAGGAAACAGCAUAAAAAUUCUACUGUCAUAAUGGUGCACACUAUCUGGAAUUGGGAUACUUUUUUUCUCCAGUCUGUUUGCAAGUGAGCGGUUGACAAUGCAUGGACAGACUUUGAGUUUAUGUGAUUCUUUCUUUAGGUACAGGAAAAAUAAGAAUGAUGACGGAAAAAAAUGCAAGUUUUGGAGACUUCUUUAUUCUACUUGGAUUUUCUAAUUGGCCUCAUCUGGAAGUAGUUCUCUUCGUGGUUAUCUUGAUCUUCUACUUGAUAACACUGAUAGGAAACCUGUUCAUCAUCAUCCUGUCACACCUGGACUCCCAUCUCCACACUCCAAUGUACUUCUUCCUUUCAAACCUCUCAUUUCUGGAUAUCUGCUACACCACCAGCUCUAUCCCUCAGUUGCUGGACAAUCUCUGGGGCCCAGAAAAGACCAUCUCUUAUGCUGGUUGCAUGGUUCAACUUUACUUUGUUCUCACACUGGGAACCGCAGAGUGUGUGCUACUGGUGGUGAUGUCCUAUGAUCGUUAUGCAGCUGUGUGUAGACCUUUGCAUUACACUCUCCUCAUGCACCCUCGUUUCUGCCGCUUGUUGGCUGUGGCUUCUUGGGUAAGUGGUUUUACUACCUCAGCACUUCAUUCCUCCUUUACUUUCUGGAUACCCCUAUGUGGACGUCGCCUAGUGGAUCAUUUCUUCUGUGAAGUUCCAGCACUUCUGCGAUUAUCAUGUGUUGAUACCCAUGUAAAUGAGCUGAUCCUCAUGGUCAUGAGCUCCAUUUUUGUUCUUAUACCUCUCAUCCUCAUUCUCACUUCCUAUGGUGCCAUUGCCUGGGCUGUACUGAGCAUGCAAUCAACCACUGGGCUUCAGAAAGUGUUUGGAACAUGUGGAGCCCAUCUUAUGGUUGCAUCUCUCUUUUUCAUUCCAAUCAUGUGCAUAUAUCUCCAGCCACCAUCAGAAAAUUCUCCUAAUCAAGGCAAGUUCAUUGCCCUCUUUUAUAUUGUCGUCACACCUAGUCUUAACCCUCUAAUCUACACUCUCAGAAACAAGGAUGUAAGAGGAGCAGUGAAGAGGCUAAUGGGGUGGGAGUGGGGAAUGUGACAGGGAAGUCAUGUUGGCUGUUGUUGUUUUUCUUAGGGUCUUGUCCAUCUUGAAAGGUGGUUUCCCUGCUUCUUUGUGAUUUGUUUUUCGUC